AAGCAGGGAGCUGGGGACUCAAUCAGAUCUCCCAUGUGAAUGGUGAGGACCCAACUUUUUGGGUCACUGCCUGCUGCCUCUCACGGUGCACAUUAGUAGGAAGUUCGAAUUGGAAACUACUGGGACUGAAACCCAGGGAAUAAAGCUUAUGUUCUGUUAAUGUGAAUUGCAACUACAGACAUGUUGUGGAGAAGACUAUGAAAAUGCUCUUCGUUGUUGGGAAUUUGUGAUAUGUGAAUAGAGACCAUUUUUCAAAAGAAUGGGGGAAAGAGCAGGAAGUCCAGAUACUGAUCAAGAAAGAAAGGCAGGCAAACACCAUUCCUCCUAUUAUUCAUCUGAUUUUGGAACUACACCACAGUCUUCUUGCCAGUCAUCACCAGUCAAUGCUUCUUCACCUGCAAGUAUUAAGGGGAAGAGUCCUAAAAGACAGAUUUCAGAUAGCCAAGUGCAUCAACAAGCCCCUAUGAAACGAAGCCCUAAGGGUGUACCAAACAGAAAGGGAGUCCGAGUAGGAUUUCGUUCUCAGAGCCUCAAUAGAGAGCCGGUUCGGAAAGAUCCCGAUCUUGUUACAAAACGGAUACUUUCUAACAGACUGCUAAAAAUCAAUGAGUUGCAGAAUGAAAUAUCUGAGCUUCAGGUCAAGUUAACUGAGUUGCUGAAAGAAAAUAAGACUUUAAAAAGGCUUCAGUACAGACAAGAGAAAGCCCUGAAUAAGUUUGAAGAUACAGAAAAUGAAAUCUCACAACUUAUAGUUCGUCACAACAAUGAAAUUACAUCACUCAAAGAACGCUUAAGAAAGUCUCAGGAGAAAGAACGGGCAACUGAGAAGAGAAUGAAAGAUACAGAAGGUGAACUAGUUAGGACAAAAUUUUCCUUAGAGAAACUGAAAAAGAUCUCUGAAGCUAGACAUCUACCUGAACGGGAUGAUUUGUCAAAGAAACUAGUUUCAGCAGAGUUAAAAUUAGAUGACACUGAGAGAAGAAUUAAGGAACUAUCAAAAAACCUUGAGCUAAGUACUAACAGUUUCCAGCGACAGCUGCUUGCUGAAAGGAAAAGGGCAUUUGAGGCUCAUGAUGAAAAUAAAGUUCUUCAAAAGGAGGUACAAAGACUGUAUCACAAAUUAAAGGAAAAAGAGAGAGAACUGGAUAUAAAAAACAUAUAUUCUAAUCGUCUGCCAAAGUCCUCUCCAAAGAAAGAAAAAGAACCUACAUCAAGAAAAAGUGCUGCCUGCCAGAGUGAUUUUACAGACCUAUGUACAAAAGGAGUGCAAACCACUGAAGACUUUAAGCUGGAAGAAUUUCCUAUAACACCACAAACAAUUAUGUGUUAUGAAAAAAAAUGGGAGGAGCCAGAACAUCUUCCUUUGGACCUGCCAUCCCAAGUGCAAGAUGAGCAUGAAGAAACAGGGAUUCUAAGCCCAGUUGUGGAAAGAGAAGAAAAAUUCAUUAAAGAUCAAGGACUCCAUGUUGUAAAACAGGAGAUUGAGAAGCUGGAGGAUGAAUGGGAAAGAGAAGAACUUGAUAAAAAGCAAAAAGCAAAGACAUCUUUACUGGAGAGAAAAGAAGUGCCAGAGUUGGAAACUGGAAGGUACCAAAUGGAAAUGUAUCAAGUUCAAAAUAUUGAUGCAUUGGAAGAAGAGGAAGAAGAAAGAUUAAAGAGAGAAAUGCUGCUUGCUAAACUGAAUGAAAUCAACAGAGAACUCCAAGAUUCUAGGAAUCUAAAAUGUCCUCCUUUGCCGUUGUUACCUGAUUUAAAAUCAAAACUGUACUCUCCAGAUAGAAGCUGUAAAUCAUACAUGUUCCCUGAAUCCUCAGAGAGAUUUCUUAAUGGACAUCAUUUGCAAGAUAUCAGUUGUUUAACACCAAAAGAGGGUCAGAAUCCAGGAAAUCCUGGAAGUCCCGCCUCUCCACAUGAGUUUGCAUUUGGUAGCUAUGUGCCUUCCUUUGCCAAAACGACACGGAAGUCAAACCCAUUUGGCCAAAAGAGUGGCCUCUUGGAUUUCCAAAGAAACUGUAUGGAAACUCCAAGUAAGGAUAAUCUAGAUUUAAUUACACGAAAAGAGAAAAAAGCUAAUCUGAUGGAACAGCUGUUUGGUGCCAGUGGCAGCAGUACCCUUUCCUCUAAAAGCAGUGACCCAAACUCUCUGGCUGGCAGCACAGGAGACUUUGAACCUCUCAGUUUUCUCUCUGGGGAUAAAAGCAGCCGAGGUAGAGAACAUGAUGAAGAUGAAGACUUUUUCUUCAAUGAGGCAAAAAAUGUUAAUCCAAGUAGACGCCGAUUAAAAAAUGCAAACCAUAAACCAGCAGUAAAAGCAGUUGAUUCUGUAGAAGAUGAAAUUGAAGAAGUAGUACUGAGAUGACUGACUAGAGUAUACAUUUUUUCCAAUUCUGCAAAGGAAUUGAUGACCUUGGAUUAUGCUGAGUGUGAUUGAUCUUUAAGAAGCAGUAAUACACCACCAACCAAGGAGAAAACACUCCUAAAAUGAAGAGUGGCCGAAAUAGUCUGUGGGAAGAAUAAAACAUUUAGAUUGGCACUUACUGCAAAGUGAGCUGUGUUUUUGAAGAAGUCACUAUGUAAUUGCUCAUAGUAUGAUUGCUGAGGCCAAGCAUAUGUGCUGAUGAGAAAGAGUUAUUGUUGUGUAUUGGGUUCUUACAAAUGUUUAUUAUUGAAUAUCAUUUCAUGACUAUUUGAUAAGACUCACCUGGUUAGGUCUCUAAUUGAAAGAUGUACACCCUGUUAUCCUUUAAGUUGUGUUCCUGUUAUUUAUUUGGAACAUAAUCUUUCAAAAGUGCUAAACUAUUAAAAUAUUUUCUUAAUAAAGAGAUUUUUAUGUCUGAUAUAAAUAAGCAUUUA